CUUGGCUGAUGCACAAAUUGAGCGCUAAGUGCUUAAUUAGCUAAAAGCGACAAGUAAAAUAACAAAUAAACAAAUGAGAGCACAAAUGUAGCGGCGUUUGUUUUGCUAUCAACUUUCUCGUUAGUUGUGGAACUUCAAUCAAAGCUAUGUCGUAACAAUUACUUAGCCAAUUUCGCAUUCAACCACAUUUUGAACAAAAUUCAACAAUUCGCAAUUGGGCAGUUAAAUCGGAAGCAUGUCGUUGGCAGCAAAGGUCACGUUGAGUUUGGCGGUUUGCGUCUCGAGCGCCAUUAUAGGUUAUGUCCACUAUAAACAGUCGGACGACCGCUACAAGCUGCAUCAGGGCGUGCUGCGCGAUGUGGAGCAGCAGCAGCGACGCAAGCACGAGAACAGAUACAAUUUGCAGCAACAAAUCGACAUGACCAAACAGUUGAAAUCGGCGCGGGACAAGGAGACGGAAGCGAAUGAGGACGAGCCAGACGCCGAGCCAAACGAAUCCCAAAAGGCAACAGCAGCCGCAGCCGCAGCAGCAGCUGCUAUAGAUGCAGUUCUGCCAGCCGCUGUGCUUCAGACACCGCUUUAGUCGCGCCUAAAUCUAAUUAAUGAACUAACCAAAUAUACAUGUCCAUGAUUAUGGCAAGA